CUACGAUGCAUCACCAAUUUUGCUGGUUUGCAUUGCACUACUGGCAGUGCUGGUCCGUCGGGCUGCUUUCGACGACGACGACGCCGCAUCGACGUCACGCACGCGAAAAUAUAGCGUUCUGAGGCUGCCCAGGGACUGCAGUCAGUCCAGCCUGGGGGCUGCCGAAAAAAGCAAGGAUGCACGGGUCGUAAACAACACAAUGCGCGUCCUCGAGCGCAGCCACGGCCUGCGCCGCUCGGUCAGCGGCACGCUCCGCCCACGCGAGGCUCCACAAAAGCCAAGGAGGCGGCCCUACGUCGUCGCGGCAUUCAUACUUGUUGUCUUCGGAGCGGCCACGCAUGUGUACAUCGAUUACGAGGCGGUCCACGCUGGUGAUGUCGAGAAGGCGAACGCGCCCAAGGAGAAGACGGACCGGGAACCAGUCAAUGUGGUCGUCCGCGUCCUGAGCCGAAACAAGGGCGCGGCGGAGGACGUAGCUAGACGGUUCCGGGCCGCCUCGCCGAAGCGCGUCGAGCUCUGGGAGACUAGUGACUCUUCAGAAGCUAGAAAAACGCGGUUGAAAGAAGAAGGUUUGAUCAUAAGGCUGCUCUCACCGCAAAAGACAACAACUCGUUAUUUCUUGGAGAUGCUCUCCGAGGACGAGGAGGACGCGUUUUUGAUUGAUGGGGAUCAAUUCAGUCUACCGGGCGCCGUCGUCUCGUCAAAGGAGAGCAUCAAGGCCAUCAAGAAGACCCUGACCAACGAGAAGGGCAAAUUACGGUUCGAGAGUGGUGACGGCUGGUGGUCACAACCAAUCAAGAUGGUGGCGCUGACGAACGGUGGAUUGAAAACGCACGGCGGCCACCAGUGGCUUCAAUCAUUCCGGGCGUCGCUAGAUGAGUUGGAAGGUUUGGUUGAGGGUCGAUCACAAAGUACAAUGGACCUGGCCGGCCAACUAGCUCUCAGAGAGGCCUGGUGGCGCGCUCCUAUUGAAUUAGGAAGAGUUUUGACCGCGUCUUCGUUUGUGCUGUGGGAGGUUCCUUCCCCCAGUAAAUUCGAGCAUGACAAGCCGGGCUCCGUCCAGCGCGCGCUGCGGGAUUCAAGGAUAGCAUCGCACCAGACGUCGAAGCGGCUGUUAGAUGCGGUCGAACGGGAGCGCAAAGUCUCGGACAAGGCCUGCCCUAGACAGAAGCCCCCGGCGCCGAAACACGGCGUCGUCGUGGUGAGCGGCGCGGACGCACGCACCCCCGGUGAUGAUGCUGGAUGGGACGCGCCGCUCGGCCUUACGUCUCUCCCGAAGGGCGCCUGCAAGCCGGCGGCCUGUGAUGACGUUCGUGCUCAAUUGGGAGGCGCGAAAGCGAAUUGGGCAAAGCAUUGGUCGUACCCGUUCGUGUUCGGUGUGACCUCUUCCCUAGCGCCGCACUUGGAUGCGUUAGGAUUGAAGAACUUCGAGUUCGCGAAGCCGUUCUUGCUGAUUGAUGCCUUGCAUGGUCGAGCGCGAUCAUUAAGAGAUCAACCGCGCAAGGGGCACUGGCUCGCUUGGUUGGAUCACGACGUCUGGCCCCACCCGGAGACGGCGUUUUCCGAUGUAGGUUCGUUGGACGUCUAUUUGGAUGCUGUGGACGCGAAGGCGUCGAUCGCAUUGGGCAACUUCCGUUCGCUCAAUACUGGUGUUUUAUUUGCGAGAUUGGACCUGCAGGGCCGGGCCAUCCUCCACGAGUGGGCCCUUACAUCAGCGUCGGGUGUCGUCGAGUGCCAGCCCUACGACCAGGCCGCGUUGCAAUUAGUUUUAUUGGCUCGGCUCCAAGCCAAGACCAUCAAGACGCCAUUAUUCACAAGUCCCUUCGACUACACUUGUACGAAGGCACUAGGCUGCGGCGGCACGCCCGAAAAGCCUUUUGGGAUGUGCAACCCCCACUACCAUGCAUCGGUCAAAACAUUAUUGAGGGCGCGGAACCGGUGCGGCUCGCCGAACUGCGACCAGCACUUUGAUCGGGGGCGGGCCAACGAUAUCCUAGGAGAGGCCGGCUUCUUCACGAUCACGGAAGACGUGAACCGCCCCAGGCCGCAGUGCUUCGAUUCGCAACGAUUGGAUGGGUGUAGGACGCGGCCGGGGGCGAACUUCGAUGUCGUGUCGAGGGAGGCGUCGAAAGCCUGGCUCUUCAACCACAAGGGCCUGGAUCUGUUCCUCCGGUCGCGGCCGCGCGGCGCCAAUAAUGAUGAAGGGGUUUGCGCGGGCCGCGCGUUCCGGGGCGGCGUCGGUGACACGCCCAAACAAAAAUGCACGAAGAGCGACCAGGCGGCCGGGAAGUGCCGCAAGGUUGCUCGCCCCUUGUCGGAAAAGAGAACAAAAAAGAAGCGGCGCAUUAAGAAGCCGGCGGGGUAG